AUGCGUGAGCCUCCGCCCCUGAGGCCUCUCCGCCUGCAGCGCCCACCUCCUCGGUGGUGCGGUCGGGGAGGGCCCCGCUCGCCCCGCCCCCCGCCCCGCCGGCGGGCACAGCCCCGCUCGCCCCGCCCCCCGCCCCGCCCGCCCCUCCCCAGGUCCCUCAGUCUUUUCGGGAGCCUCGCAGCCUCCCAGCAGCCGCCCCGCCGAGACUCUGUGCGUCCCUUGGCUCCCGGGACCAGGCUGCGCCACGCGGAGCGUUGGGGGGGGCGGAGGCGCCAGGUUGGAGGCAUCAGCAGCGGGCGGGAAGGAGAAGGCAGAAGGCAGAAGGCAGACGAGAGGAUGUGCGUAAGGAGCCAGCCCACCUUAGUGCCACCCCAGCCCCCUGCCAGGCCUUCACCCUGAAAGAGCCCUCCCCACACUGUCCUCGCCAGGGCUGUGCUCUACAGUGAGGUCAGUCCUGAACGCCUGCCUCCAUCUCCCCGGCCGACCCUGAAGGCCCCGGCCGCCCUCUGCCCGCUCGCUGCAGCCCCCCCCC